CCGAUAUUUCCUUUUGUGCGUUUGUCUGCGAAAUAUCUUGAGAAAAGUUCGAUCGAUUUUCAUUUGGCCGAUAUCGACGGAUUCCGUGUGUCUCGAGGAUUGUACGAUUGUGAAACAAGACACGUGCGCGUGCCGGUAUUAAUAAACGGAAGAAUAUCAUGUUCAGAGGUAAUAUACUUCAGUCUUAUUAGACAUAAAAGUGUCUACAACUCUGGAAUAUAGUGAGGAAUAAAAAGAGAGCUAUACAGUGGAAUUAGCUGGACGCGUAUGCCCAGCAUAUAUUUUGCUAGUAUUUGUUUUUUUAAAUUUUGUAAAGAUGACAGUCUAUAUUAAUAAUGAUGUUUGUUACUUGCAUAAUUACGUGUUAUGCCCAAGGCCAAGAAAAAAUCUUACCUUAGAAAGGUAAGGGAAAUGCGAGAGUAUAGACGACAAAAACUAAUGUCAGAAACAGCAGAGGAACGUGCUCUACGAUUAUAUACGUCGGCUGAAAGAAUGAAGAACGCCAGAGCAAAAGAAACUGAAGAACAAGCUGCUCUAAGAAGGAUGCAAGAAGCUCAAAGAAUGGCCAGGCAUCGGGCUAAGAAGAAGCGUUGUCUCGAUGAAAAUCUAGCUAGAGAGAUAUCUAAAAUUGCAGAACUCUCCAAAAUGCCAGAUGCAGCGACGAUCGCUCAAAUGUCUGAAAUGAAUAUGAAUAAAAUAUCUGCAGAAUUGAAGCAGAUGAUGGAGAGAGGAAAAGUUCCAGAACAUAUAGUACAGAUGGCUCAACUUGCGGAAUUUAGUAAAAUGACCGAAUUAAACAAAAUGUCUCAAGAUAUGGCGAAGAGAUACGAAAUGGAAAAAAUGGCAGAGUAUGCCAAAACAACAGAGUAUGUAAAAAUGCAAGAAAUCGCCAAGAUGUCAGAGAUAGCUAAAAUGAAUGAAAUGGUUAAAUUGUCAGAAAUGGCUAAGUAUAAUGACAUAACAAAAAUAAGUGAGAUUGCCAAAAUGAAUGAAAUGAUCAAAAUGUCUCAAAUGGCAAAGAUUAACGAGGCACAAAGAAUGAACGAAAUAGCAAAAUUAAAUGAGAUGGUAAAAAUGACAGAAAUGGCUAAAUACAAUAACGAUAUAACGAAACUCAACGAGAUUGCUCAAAUUAAUGAAAUGGCUAAAGAGAUAGCAAAGAUGAACGAAAAAACUAAAAUGAAUGAAAUGAUUAAAAUGGCAAAUAUACAGAACGAUAUAGCAAAAAUGCCAGAGUACUCGAAAAUAGCCGAAAUGGCUAAAUUAACGGAGUUAGCUAAGCUUAAUGAAAUAACGAUAACAAAAUUAAAUGAUCCUCCUCCACCCAAAGUAGCAGAAAUUCCAAGAAUUCCUGAACCUGUGAUUACUGUGCCAAAUCCAAGGAAUUUGCAAAACGUUCAAACUGUUCAAGUAGCACAGGCUAGCCCAUCUAGUACGAUAAAUUUUCCGACUGUGCCUGGCCAGGGUAAAUAUGCCCAGCUACUGGUUAUUAUCGAAGAACUCGGUAGAGACAUUCGCCUCUCGUAUGCAGGAAGUCGUAGUGCCGCGGAACGCCUGAAAAUGGGUAUACAGCACGCAAGGAUUCUCGUACGAGAAUGUUUGUUAGAAACAGAACAUAAUGCGCGACAAUGAUCUGUCGAUGAACUUAGCCGCUAGAUUUUUAGCAGAUUAUUUUCCAAGAUGAUGAUAUGUAUGAUCUAUCGAAUGCAGCAGAUUAUUGUCUUUGUCCGAACAAAGAAGUUUACAAGUUAUAAGAAAUAUAUCUGCUGCUAUGUAUAUUAUGCCAUCUUGCCGAUAUAAGCUUAGUACCACUUUGACAAUGAAUCAAAAUGCAUUAUAAUGGACUGCUUGUUUAAAAAUAUUAUGCGAUCUGAUAAAUACUUGUAAUGUAUUUGGUAUAUUAGAUUGUCAAAGAAAAAAAGUUUUAAGCCAGUGGUAUUUAAGGCUUAAUACAUAUUAUUAUUAUUAUUAUUAUUAUUAUUAUUAUUAUUAUUAUUAUUAUUAUUAUUGAAUUGGUUAUUUGUUUAAUUGCACGAAUAUAAUUAUCUUUAAACGUGCAGUUAUAUAUAUUUUUAUAUAUAUAUGUAUAUAUAUAUGUGUGUGUGUGUAUAUUAUGCUAUGUAUAUAUAGCAUAUAUAUUAUAUGCAUAUGUGUGUAUAUAUAUAUAUAUAUAUCUACGUACAGUAUGAAUUUUUAAAUGGGGGAAAAGAUCGUUUUUAAAUUUUCUCUUGUUUUAUAAAAGAUCGUAUGUUUUUGCAGUUCGGGUCUCGUACGAUAGAAAAAUCUAUAAAUAAUCCUUAGACUUGACUAAGUUCUAAUGUAGAACAUAGAAUAUAUCAAACUAGAAACAAUGUGUACACUGAAGAGUCUUCUCACUUAUAUUUUAUAUAUAAAAAAUAUUUUAUUGCAAUUUUGGUUAAUACGACGGGUAUACAAUAAUUACUUAUAGUAUACGUAUGAGAAGAAAAUUGAUCAAACAAAAAUGUACCUACGAGAAAUAUAAUCCCUGGACAUAAAUAUGAGGUAUUGCUCAAUAAAGUCUCAGUUUUUUUAAAAUGU